ACCUCCUCGCCUUCCACACGCAGACUCGAACCUACGAUCAAUAAUCAGCCAGUGAUCAACCCCAUCACCGAAGCCGUCUGCAACUUCUUCUACACCACAAUCCACGCCGCUCCACCCCACCUCCAACCCCCACCCGGCGCAACCAUCGAAAUCGAAGCCAAACUGGGACGAUUGAUCGAUAUAGACACCAAGCAACGAGUCUAUCUCCCCGUAUUGUCCGACGUCGUCAUCGACGAAUUCGGCCGAAACGAGAAAAAAUGGUUCCGCUUCGAAGCAGACAUGACCCAAAGACAACACCGCGACUACAACGAAUUCCUCAACAAACAAGUCCAAGAAAGCCACCUAUCCCGCGCCCACCGCGCCCAAAUCGAGUACAAACACCUCCGCCAAAUCGACAAAUUCUACCCUGCUACCUCGGGCCCAAACCGUACCCGCGUAAGUGUCGACAAAAAGACGGGGGAGGUGUUGGAAGUGAUCGCGAAAGAAAAGAUUGCGGAUUUACACGUUUACUCACCAACCUCAAUCUUCGAUUGGCGCCUCACGAUCAACUACGAACACCGCGCGUCCCCACCACCCCCCCACCUCUCCCCCACAACCCAACGCGACAAAGACCGCAUGCAGUACACCCACCAACACAUUCAAGUCGACCUAACCCAAGUCGAUCGCAAAACACACGAACUCGAGGUGGAGUUAUCCGAUAUCCCCAAGCUGCGGGAUUUGAUGAGGAGGGUUAGUCAGGGGAAGGGACCGGAGGGGGGGGAUGGGGUUACGUUUGAUGGGUUCGUGCAGGUUUUUGUUGAUAAUGUUAGGAUGUUGGCGAGGCAG